AUGAUUGAUCUUGAACAAAUCAAAUUGGAAUAAAUAAAUGAUUUUAAGGCAAUUCAAUAAAUUUUGUAUUUUAAAAUAAAAAAUUUGAGCUCAGUAGUGAAGCAGCAUAAUUUUUAAAUUAAUAAAAAGGAACCAUUACAAUAAUAAUUUAUAUGUAAAAUACAGAACAGGAAAGAGUUUUUAAUUAAAUAAAUUGAUUGAUCUUGAGAAUAAAGGAGUAUUGAUUUUGUAAUAGGUUUUAGUUAGUUCUGCAACAAUAUAUUGCACUUAAAGGAUAUGAUUUUAUACAAACCAAUAAAAAAUAAACAAAGCAAUCUUUAAAUAUAUUUUUGGAUACAGAAGGUAGUGAAUCAGGAGUUAAAUCAUAACAUCAUGAUGCUAUAAUAUUAACUUUAGCCAUUUUAAUGA